UUGUUUCAAGUGUACCGGCUGUGGGGGAAAGGGAACUGUUUAAAACGUGGAUAAAGUUUUGGGCCUUGCGACGACUGGUUUCUUUAUGGCAGCUGUCGCGUCGUGGUAAAUAGUGGUCCAGUCUCAACAUUUUCCUCCCGAGUGCCAAGUGCUGAAAAUCAUUCACCGUGGCGUCGUCUAUAGAAGCAACCAGCAUGGAGACGGUCCGGGUUUUCAACCAGGAGCUAUCCGGUCUCUAUGAAUCCAAACCACCAAUCUCGAAGGCUAAGAUGGCCUCGAUCACGCGAAGUGCAAUGAAGGCGAUCAAGUUCUACAAGCAUGUGGUGCAGAGUGUGGAAAAGUUCAUCCAAAAGUGCAAAUGCGAGUACAAGAUCCCGGGCCUGUACGUGAUCGACUCGAUUGUGCGACAAUCGCGUCAUCAAUUCGGCCCGGAAAAGGAUGUCUUUGCACCGCGCUUUGCGCGAAACAUGGAGUCCACGUUUGCGCACCUGUUUCGCUGCCCGCCGGAAGAUAAGAGCAAAAUCAUUCGGGUGUUGAAUCUAUGGCAGAAGAACAUGGUUUUCCUGCCGGAGGUAAUUCAACCGCUGUUCGAUCUAGCCAAUCCAGAUCAUCCGAUCCAUCAGCAGUACAACGCCCAGUUGGCUCUACAGGAGGCGGCCGGAGCGAAUGGCAUGAAUGCGGGAGUCAUGGGUCAUGAUUCACCUGCCGGUACAUCGAUGGGUGGCGGUAUGGACGAUCAUAGCGUCGGGGGCCCACUGCAGAUGGGCGAAACGAAACAACUCGACCCGAACACUAUCCGUCAGCUGCAGCAGUUCCAGCAGAUCUUGAUGCGCCAAACUUCCGGCGAUCAGGCGGCCGCUAACGCUGCCGCCAAGGAUCAGGUGAAGUUCAACAAAAAACUGUUGGACUUCGACUACGGCAGCGAAGAGGAAGAGGAUAAAAAUUCGCCCUCCGUGCCACUGUCGGGUGGCGCUGGUCUGCCGGAUCUCUCGCAAGUCCCCGGAGGCAACAUCGCGCAGAUUCUGUCCGAUCCAAACGUGCUGAAGCAGCUGCAGAACUUGCAGAAGCUCAAGCAGCAGGAGGAAAAGCAGAGCAAGCUGACCGAAAUGCGCCUGCAGGAAGAAAAGUUUGAGAAGCACCUUGCCAGUGUGCUGAUGAAACUACCAUUCGCAAACGAAUGCGAUCUGAGUCGUCAGCCUCCGAUUGAUUUGAAUGCCGGUCACUCAUCAGCGAAGGAUGUUGAUACUGAUAACGACGUGGCGAUAACCGGAGUUGAGAUACUGGAACCUUUGCCGGCCGGAAGCAGUCGUGGAGGCGCCCUAGGAGGAAGUGGGAGUGGUAACAACGAUCGCUACAAAUCAUCGUCAUCCUCGUCGAGGCGCAAGAGUAGAUCGCGAUCGCCCCGUGAUCGGCGCGGUGGCGGCAGUGGCACCGGUCGGAGUGGCCGCGGCCGUUCGCACUCUCGAUCGCGUUCGACGUCGCCCAGAUCGUCCAGGCGACGGUCGUCCCGUGACCGAGGUACUUCGAACAAGGAUCGCGAGCGAGAGAAGGAACACGAACGGGAGCGGAAGCGCAAGGGACUCCCAGAUAUGAAAAAGGAGCACCUCAGUGUAUGCAGCACAACACUGUGGGUUGGGCAUCUGUCGAAGUUGGUACAGCAGGAGGAACUGUCCGACACGUUUGGCAAGUACGGUGACAUCGUGAGCAUCGACAUGAUUCCACCGCGCGGAUGUGCGUUUAUCGUGAUGAACCGCAGACAGGACGCGUACAAGUGCAUGCAGAGUCUCAAGAACCACAAGAUGCACGGUCGGGCUAUCACCAUUUCGUGGGCCGCCGGCAAGGGUGUCAAGAGCAAGGAGUGGAAAGACUACUGGGAUCUGGAUCUCGGUGUCAGCUACAUUCCCUGGACGAAGCUGAGCCCCAGCACGGACCUGGAAUCGCUGGAGGACGGCGGUAUGUUCGAUGAGGACACGAUGCCCCAGUGGAUGAAGGAUAAGUCGAGCGGAACCGGAGCUGCCGCAGUGGGGCUCGCCCCCGCAGCAGCGGCCGCGGCUGCCAUGGGCCUAGGUCUAGGGGGCCCGGGAAUGGGCCUAAAGAAGAUGGAUGGCACCGACCUGUCGGCGGCAGCAGCUGCAGCGGCCGCGGCCGCUGGAAUGCUCAAUCCGUCCCUGUUUCCGCUGGCUGCGGUCGACACCAGCCAACCGCCACCGACGGCCAUGCUCGGCAUGGGCAUGCCACCUUUCCCGAUGGGUGCUGUUACGAGAUUGCCAAUACAAAUGGGUAUUCCGAUGGGCCCGAAUAUGGUUCCAGGGCUUGGGAUUAAUGUGCCUCCACCAGGCAUCAUGCUACCGGGCAAUCACCCUCCCCUGCCACUAGGAGGCUUCGGUGUGCUGCCCCCACCACCGCCCUCGUCCGGUUCGGGUCUUUUGGGUAACGGGGCUGCCUCGGCGAACCUGCAUAAUUCCGGUUCCAACAUGAGCAAGUCCUCCGCCGAUGACAUGGACAUCGAGAUGGAGGAUGAAAAUCCUCCAAAUGCCGCUCCCAUGGUUGGUGGUGGCGGGCAAUCCGGUGUUGCCGCUGGUGGUGGUGGAAACAGUGCUUUCUUCAACCAACCACCGCCACCCCUGCUGCCCCCGAACGCUAGCAUUCCUCCGGGACCACCGGGUACAUUCUUUGGCGCCGGUGCGCAAACCGUCGAUGGCAGUGGAAACAUGCCGGACAAUGGCGAUGGAGCAGGUAGUGACGAUGCGGUGGACGGCGGUCGUUCCAGGGACUUCCAAAGAGCCAACGACGAUGGACGUCAAGAUCAUCGUGGCCGAGGUGGUGAUCGAAGUCGUGAUCGCGAUCAGCGUGGCGGAGGGUUCGGCGGUGAUCGUGGAGACGGUGGUGGUGGUAGGCGGGAUCGUGGUGAGCGCGGAAGCCGCUGGGGUGGUGGAGGCAACGAUAGGGCCGGUGGAAAUAAUUUCCGCGGCGGAGGAAGCAAUCAGGACGAUCGGCCACUUUCGGAACGGCUGCGUGAACUUGCCGGCGUGCUCGGAUUCAACAAUCAGCAACAACAGCGUCGUGGCGGAAACGACGGCAGUGAUGAUUUUGGAAAUCGUGAAGCAGAUUUUACCCGUCGUGGUGGUAACUUUUCGCAAAACAAUCGAUUCAAUAAUAAUGUUGGAGGAGGUGGGAAUGGUGACGGUCGCGGUGGUGGUGACCAGGGUGGCCGUAACCAGGGAGGUGGUCGUAAUGGACCAUUUGGUAAUCAGCAGCAGCCCGGGCGCGGUAACGUUGGUGGUGGCCCUGGAGGCGGAAUGUUCGGCAAUCGUUCGGGCGGUAGAAAUCAACAGCAGCAGCGUGGUGGUGGUGGUCAGUUCUUCAACGAGGAUCGUCAACAGCAGCCUGGAGGCUUCUUCGAUCGUGGUGACGAUGGUAACAGCAAUAAUGGCUACGACUCUGGUGGCAAUAAUAGCAACAGUGGCAAUCGCCGUGGUAACUGGAACAACAACGACCGUGGCAGCGGCGGGCGCGGCAAUCGAGACGACGGUGGACGGGCACGCGGCGGUAGGCAGCAAAAUAAUUGGCGCAGUGGUGACGACAGUGCCGGAAGCGGUGGCGAUGGACAACGCUACAAUAAUGGCGCUCGGGGCGGCAAUAAGCGUGGUCCGGUUGGUAAUCGCCCAGGAGGCGGUGUUGCCCGAUGGGAUGAUGAUGACGAAAAUUGGGAUGAUGGUGGUAAUAGGCCGACGACUGGACGACAGGCCCCGUUCUCGGCAAACAACAGACGCCAACGACAAAACUCUGGCCAAGAGGAGCAGCAGGGUGACGGAGGAUCGGAUGGACGCCAGCGUCGAGAAGGACAAUCGGAACCGGAAGACAGCGCCAUGUUGGGCGGUGAAGAAUCGUCUCGCAAUGCUGCUACCUCCGACAACGACGCCAACAUCGAUGGUGGUCAGAUGAUGGAAAGUAGGCGCGGUGGUGGAGGUGGAGGCAGUGAUGGCGAAAACGUUGGGGGACGACGAUUCCCGAGGGACCAUCAUCAUCAUCGUGGCCACCGGAACGACGACGAUCCGGACGACGAACGGCCUCAACCCAUCCUCUACUCGCCCGAGCCGGAGGACGAAGCAGAACAAACGAACAAUCCGCCUGCCAAUGACAGCAACGCUGACGCGAUGGAAAGUGGCAUGGCGCAAGAAGAGCCGUUCCUCGGAGUGUCGCGCAACGAUCGAUACGAAAGCCAUCGACGGGAAGAGGAAGAUCACACGCAGAGUCAACCUUCAGCGCAUGCAUCUGGUUCAUCUUCAAUGGCGGAAAUGCAGCAUGAACAGAACGAUUUCAGCCAACGGGAAGAGCAGGAAGAAAGAGAGCAGCAGCAGCAAUAUGAACAACAGGACCACCAGGACCCCCACAACGAUUCCGUUCCACCCUCUUCCAUGGGCGGUGAUGCUGACUCUGGCCCUUCCUUCGAACAAAACGCUGUUGAACAUACCGCGACCACCGUGGAGGACAACGGCGGAAACGACGACACAGCACCACCCCCGGAAUCAGAUACAAUGCUCAGCGAACAAUAGGUUGAGAAUCCCCGCCAAACACAUCACCGUGUUGGUGUGUGUUAUUAUGCUGAAAGACAUCCAUUUCGGUGAAGGAUUUUAUCUAUCCUUCCACCCAAGCUUGUACUCACGGAAGCGAUUCAGGCGAACCUGCAUAGAUGGCUCAUAGAUAAACAAACAACAAAUUUAAAACAUAAGCAUACAAUUGGAUGAAGGCAACGUAUAGUUCACGGUUCGGAUAGAACUAGCAGUGGUUUUUUUGUUUUGUUUUCGAGUGUACGAGGAAAUUCUCACCAAUGUACCCUCUUCGAUACUUUGAUGAGAAUCUAUUGUGAAGUGAAGAAGCGUUUGUAUGAUUCUAAGGAAUAAUUCUUAUGCCCCAGUUGAGGCAGAGCGUGAACCACAAGUGACGAGUCUACCAUAAUCAGAAGCAGCAAUAGUUAAUAGGAACAAUAAUAGUUGAUUGAUAAUGAUGAUGAUAUUGAUUUGACUUGACGUAUGGAAGUGAUCUUAGUUUAUUUCUAAAACUCUUACAGUCACCAAUUAUAGUAGCAAAUAGGCUUGGUUUUAUUUUUCUAUGUUUCUCUUUUCAUUUCUACACUCCGGCCCGGUAGUAGAUUGUAUUGUUUUGAUAUAUUUUUUUUUAUUACUUUACGCUGACGUCCGGUUGGCUUCAGGUCGGUUUUAUGUAGCUUAAUUUCAUUAGUAUCCUUUAAACUAUUCAUCAUGCACUGUAUAGACCUCCUGUUGUAUGGCGGGUGGGGAAAGAUUGGCAAAGAAUAAUGUCAAGCAAUAGAGAUAAGUAAGCAAAACGAGGUUGCAGAACGGUUCCAUAACGAGGAAAGAACAAAUCUGUCGUCCCAAAUAGGAGAUGGACACAGUUUGCCCUACCUGGACGGAAGGUACUGGUAGCGGUAGGAUUGUAAGAAAACCAUUUGCCCUAGAUUAUUUAUGUAGGUAAAGGAAAGAUACAGAUUAGACGUGCCCCCAAGCGAUAGGAAAAUAUUGCACAUUCAAGACUUAUUUUAAGGGAGAGAAACGAGCGUGGCUAAAUUAAGGAGGAGUAUCUGCGUAGCUGAGGAAAAUAUCGUAAGAACCCUCGCCGAAAUCGGAUAGCUCGUCGUCUCGUUAAGGCGUCACCUAACGGAACCGGAUGUUUCAUAUGACAGGGGAAAUCCUUUUGAUGUCAAAAACCGUACUAGCUGUAGAGUUGCGAUUGCCGAACCGAUGAACAUACUGUACUCAUACUAGUGUGUAAUAAUAAAGCAAUGCAUAAUCUUUCGUCCU